ACCGCGCGCAGACACUCUGCAAACAAUGCUCCGGGGCGCCCGGCGGGGCCGCGGGCGGCUGGGAGACGGACGGCGAGGCCGCGGGAGCGCAGCCCCGAGGAAGCCACUCUGUGACCAGCAUCUGCCAAGAUCACGCCAGAGAGCCGGACGCAAGAUGAGCCACACUGCCCACUCAAGAUGCACCAGACCAUCGGACUGAACCCUGAGGUCCCGAAAAUGUCUGCCUGCAGUGACUUUGUGGAGCACAUCUGGAAGCCCGGGUCUUGCAAGAACUGUUUCUGCCUGCGGAGUGACCACCAGCUGGUGGCCGGCCGUCCCCAGCCCAGAGCAGACAGCCUGCCCCCUCCGCCCCGCCUGCCCCCCAGGCCUGAGAACUGUCGCCUAGAAGAUGAGGGUGUGAACAGCUUGCCCUACUCCAAGCCCACCAUCGCAGUGAAGCCCACCAUGAUGAGCUCUGAUGCCUCUGACAUGUGGACCGAGGCUGGCAUGAGCGCGGAAGUCUCGCAGCUCAUCUGGAGACGGUCGCCCAGCAAGCUCCCCGUCCCAAAGCAGGACGAUGUACCCAGAGCUUACCUGAGCAGCUUCCGUGGUGCCCAGAAGCCUGGUGGUCCCUCUGUCUCCACAGAUGGCAGCUCUCGGUGCCCCCCUGCAUAUGCCAUGGUGGGCCUGCACAGCCUAGAGACCCGGGGGGAAAGGAACGUGGCCUUCCACUCCGUCAGUUUUCCCAACGACAAGAGUGGGCGAGAGGGUAAACCUACAUUUCCCUACCAAGAGUUGACCUCGACUCAGGAGAGCUUCCGCCAGAAACUGGCCGCCUUUGCGGGGAUGGCAUCUGGCUGUGCCAAGGACCCUGGGCCCUGCUCCUCCUCGCAGCCCCUGAGGGAAUCCCCGCCCUCAGAAGACGACAGCGAUCAAAGGUGCUCGCCGUCGGGGGACAGCGAAGGGGGCGAGUACUGCUCCAUCCUGGACUGCUGCUCUGGGAGCCCGGUUGCCAAGGACGCCUCGCAAGCUGAGGGCUCCAGACGCAGAUAUGGUGGAGGGGACUGCUUGCCGGCCUGCUGGGACCAGACAGUGUGUGCGGGGCCCACUGAGGAGAACAAGCGGGUGUCCGGCUUCCUGAGGGAGUGCUGUGCUCAGAAGCCAGCAGAGCCUCCAUCCCACCUGGGACCCAAGAAGCCAUCCCUUACCUCAGAGGCCGCCAGCUCCUCGGAUGGUAUCUCCUGUGGAAGCCACAGCAGUGGCACCAGCAGCCCCUUUGCCCCCCACCUCGAGAGCGAUUACUGCUCGCUCAUAAAGGAGCCUGAGCCGGAGAAGCCGCCGGAAGCAGGCUGCCACGGGGUGAACUCCAGCAGGUGCCUCGGGCUGCCUGGGGAGCUGCAGCCCCCGGGCCCCUGCAGGGAGGCUGUGCAGCCGGAACCCAUCUAUGCUGAGAGCACCAAGAGGAAGAAGGCCAGCCGGGCACCCUCCAGACCACAGGCCAAGGUGGAGCAGGCAGCGCCUGCUCAGGGCCAGGGCCAGCUACGGACAGGUAACGCUUGGGCUCAGAAAACGGCGUGUGCCUGGGCCCGGGACAGGGAAGGCCCAGAUGUGGCCACCCAGGUGGCGGCCACCAUCACCGUCAUGGCGGCCCACCCGGAAGAGGACCACCGGACAAUCUACCUGAGCAGCCCCGACUCCGCAGUGGGCCUGCAGUGGCCCCGCAGGCCCGUGAGCCAGGACUCUGAGGCAGGUGAAGAGGAGGUGUCAGCUGGGCAGGGCCUGAGCUCCAGGGAGAGCCAUCGUCACAACAUGGGGGAGAAUGCGCCCAAGGGGAGGCCCGCCAUCCCCCCCAAGCUGUCCAAGAGUAGCCCUGGUGGGUCCCCUGUGUCGCCAUCCGCCUCCCCGCUGGCCGACUUCGGUGAGGGCAGCUCCGGCAGUGGCACUGGGCCCCAGCCUUCAUCCCGAGGCCCCACCGACCCCGCUUCUUCCUGCCAGACAAACGGUGUCACCGCCAGCGACGCUGUCAGGUGCCCGCCCCCCACCUCCACCUCCACCUCCACCUCCACCUCCACCUCGGCCACAGCCUCGGACCAGAGGCGGCCCAGGUACCAGACUGGCGCCUGGAGCCGUCAGUGCCGCAUAGAGGAAGAGGAGGAGGUGGAACAGGAAUUGCUGGGCCAAGGCUGGGGCAGAGAAAUGGAAAACGGCAACGCGGACGCCUCCCACUCCUCCACCUGGCACCGCCUCCGCCCAACAGACGGCUCCUCCGGCCAGAGCAGCAAGGCUGGCUCCGGCAUGAGCAAAUCGGCCUCUUUUGCCUUUGAGUUCCCCAAGGACAGAAGUGGGAUUGAGGCAUUUUCACCUCCGCCCCCGCCUCCAAAGUCGAGGCACCUUUUAAAAAUGAACAAGAGCAGCUCUGAUUUGGAAAAAGUGAGCCAGGGCUCAGCAGAGAGCCUCAGCCCAUCCUUCAGGGGCGUCCACGUCAGCUUUACCACCGGAUCCACAGACAGCCUGGCCUCGGACUCCAGGACCUGCAGUGAUGGAGGCCCGUCAUAUGAGCCAGCCCACUCGCCCACCAACAGUGGGAAGAAGCUCUUUGCACCGGUUCCGUUCCCGUCGGGCUCCCCUGAGGAUGUGUCCCCCAGUAGUCCCCUGCAGCCUCCUCCGCUCCCCCAGAAAAAGAUCGUGAGCCGGGCAGCCUCCUCCCCAGAUAGCUUCUUCUGGACUCAAGGCUCCCCCAAACCAAGAGCCGCAAGCCCCAAGCUGAAUGUCAGCCACUCUGAAACCAGCGUCUGCAUCCACGAGGACUCUCCCUUCAGCUACUCCUUGAGCGCUGGGAACCGCCACCACCACGUCUUCUCCGCUUCUGAGCCCCUGGAGAAAACUUGCAAAGGCAACAGCCACUGGGCCCCUGCAGCAGGGCUGGCCGGCAGCAAGAGCGGCCGCGGGAGCCCCAGCCUCCAGGGCAAAGGGGCGCCCUCAGCCUCAUCCUCCCAGCUGAGUGUGUCCAGCCAGGCCUCCACCGCCAGCUCCCAGCUGCACAGCCUCCUGAGCAGCAUCAGCAGCAAGGAGGGCACCUACGCCAAGAUGGGGGGCCUCUUCACCCAGUCCCUGCUCCGCCUCGUAGCCAAGUGUGAGGACCUCUUCAUGGGCGGCCAGAAAAAGGAGCUUCACUUCAACGAGAACAACUGGUCGCUCUUCAAACUGACCUGUAACAAGCCCUGCUGCGACUCGGGGGAUGCCAUUUAUUACUGUGCCACCUGCUCCGAGGACGCUGGCAGCACCUAUGCUGUGAAGGUAGUGCCAGGGGACAAGCACUUGCCCCGGCUCAUCAUCAGCAACUUCCUGAAGGCCAAGCAGAAGCCAGGCGGCACGGCCAACCUGCAGCAGAAGAAGAGCCAAGCCCGGCUGGCGCCCGAGAUUGUGUCCGCCUCCCAGUACCGCAAGUUUGAUGAGUUCCAGACGGGCAUCCUCAUCUACGAGCUGCUCCACCAGCCCAACCCGUUUGAGGUGCGGGCUCAGCUACGGGAACAGGACUACCGGCAGGAAGACCUGCCCCCGCUGCCCGCCCUGUCCCUCUACUCGCCCGGCCUGCAGCAGCUCGCCCACCUGCUGCUGGAGGCCGACCCCAUCAAGCGCAUCCGCAUCGGCGAGGCCAAGCGGGUGCUGCAGUGCUUGCUGUGGGGGCCACGGCGGGAGCUGGUGGAGCAGCCGGGCUCCCCGGAGGAGGUGCUGCGCGGCACCCUGCAGAACUGGAUCGACAUGAAGCGGGCUCUGAUGAUGAUGAAGUUUGCGGAGAAGGCGGUGGACCGCAGGAGGGGGGUGGAGCUGGAAGACUGGCUCUGCUGCCAGUACCUGGCGUCUGCAGAGCCCGGAGCCCUCUUACAGACGCUGAAGCUCCUGCAGCUUCUGUGA